AUGCCAAACCGCUCGGACUAUGAGGCGCUGCCUCAAGCCGACGAGGGAGAUCAUGAUUACGAGGAGGGAGAUUCCCUAUUGCCCACCCUGGUCCAAGGACAGUCGCGCGGGAUUCAGCGCGCGAACCGUCCUGGCUCAAUAGACAUUCGGAAGCUGGACAAUGCCUUCAAGAGGUGGACAGAAUCCAUAGCUCAGCGCAUGAAACGCAAGAAGAAGAAGGCGGGUCCAGUACACGAGAAGCUGGAGAUCCUGCGUAGCGUAUUCGACCCGCCGGUGACAGCGAGGAUCGUUAUCAGAGGCCCGUUCAAGACACUCGACCAUGGCCCUCCUAUGACCAAGGAACAAUAUGAUGGCCUCGUCAAUUCCGUUAAAAUGGCCAUAUUGGAAGGUCUACAUCCAAAGAUGAUCACAAAAGGGUCCUCUGGCUCGUACUUUGCUCGUGCCAAGGUGGACGGAAGGGUACAAACUGUUGCCGUCUUCAAGCCAAAGGACGAGGAGCCUUAUGGGCGCCUGAAUCCUAAGACAACUAAGUGGUUGCAUCGGAAACUCAGCUUCAUCAUCCCCUUUGGACGUGCUUGCCUUAUCCCUAACCUGAGCUAUAUAUCCGAAGCGGCCGCCUCGCUACUGGACAGGCGGUUAGAACUCAAUAUCGUCCCACGAACAGAACUAGUGUCGUUAAGCAGUACUGCUUUCUUCUAUGAUUGGAUCGACAGAUCUAACCAUAAGAAGGGUAAACCGCUACCAGAUAAGAUUGGUAGCAUGCAGGUGUUCAUGCACGGGUACACUGAUGCGUCUGACUUUCUACGCAAACACCCCUGGCCAGGACGAUCCAUCGCUGAUACAUUUGAUGACUCUACCCACCGACGUCGUAACAUCACGAAGCGUAUGCUCGGAGCAAUCAAAAUCGUAUGCGGGAAAACAGGUGCCGAGGAUGAGAACUUCGACGAUGACGAAGAGGAGAAUCGCUAUACCUUUGAUGUAUCGGAAUCCGCAGACGGCGAUACGCCUUUCUACUGGGCGCCCGUCUUGCAGAGGAGUUUCCGUGAAGAGCUCGAGAAGCUAGUCAUACUGGAUUACCUGAUGAGGAACACAGACCGCGGCGCUGAUAACUACAUGAUCAAGUACUGUGAGGCAGAGCACGAGAAAUCUCACGUUACCACCGCGCCGACACGCGGGAAGCCCAUGAUGAGCGAGAUCCGCUCGCCCUCAUUCACUGCUUCUCCGCCCGAUGCGACUCCUAACCCAAACCCGAAUCUUGUUCCUCCACCACGGCCCUUGCGCUCGAACUCGUCCGCGGCGGACGAUUACAGGCGGCAUCCGCAUAUACACAUCGCUGCUAUCGACAACUCGCUCUCUUUUCCUCAUGAGCACCCACAUGGGUGGAGAUCGUACACGUAUGGCUGGCUGUACCUGCCUGUCAGCCUCAUUGGACGACCCUUCAGCCAACAUACGCGAGACCACUUCUUGCCCCUGCUCACGAGCAAGGAGUGGUGGCAAGAUACGACGUACCAGCUCCGGGAGCUUUUCGCUGUUGAUCCCGACUUCAAUGAGAAGAUGUGGUCGAGGCAGCUGGCCUUGAUCAAAGGUCAAGCGUGGAAUAUUGUCCAGUCUCUACGACACGAGGAUGAAGGUCCUCUGGAGCUCACACGAAGAACAUCGGCAAUGGUCUGGGACGACAAACUUGAAGUGGCAGACGACACUGCUACGAUAGAGGCCAUCGUCGGCCCUCUGUCAGGCUCCAUCGCUUCUCUUCCUCCGCGCGUCAUGAGCCCAGGCCACCAACGCGUCCGAAGUAGCGCUUCAGAGUUCCCUCCUCCACGCAUGCGACGCAUGAGCAGCACCGAUACGUCUGGCUUCCAACGCCCGGUUCCGUUCAGCGCCAAAUUCCAGCGCGUCCACCCUGGGACCACGGGAGUGACAGUGCUCGAGCAUAUGGAGCGACUGGACAGGGUGGAGGCUAGUCUCGAUCGUCUUGCUGGUGGAGAUGACGAGGCAGACGAGCUGGAAGAGCAGGAGCAAGAUGUGGGUGACCUUGCGCGGCCCACCGCACCCGUUCUGGGGCUGCUCUCACCGCCUGAAGCCAUAACGGGCCCAAGUUCAGCGCCUACCGCUCCUUUCGCCGGGCCAUCGCCAUCGCUGGCGCCAGUGCUUGAAGUCAGCUCGUCAUCGAGUGUCCAUUCACGAUCAGAUGCCCCGUCUCUACCGGCGGACGUGGAUGCAGACGAGGAGGAUGAGGAAGACGUGGCGGCGCUGUCGAAGAGCAUGUCACAUAUCGAUAACGUCGCGCAUGGUCGGUGGACGACCAGGCACCCUGGUAUAGAGCAGAGGAGUGCCGGGCUCGGCCUUGAAUGGAUGCAGAGCCAGGAUUCGGAGUCUGACGGCUCAAGAAAGAAGACUGUCAUUGUUGAGCGACUCGAACUCAUCGAGAAGCAGGCGUACUUCAGUUGCUGGUGA